AUGACGUGUUGCGAUCAAGAUACAGGUCUGAUGUUAGGUGAACGUAUUGUUUUUAAUGGAUUGAAUUCAGAAGAAAUGUUUUCAUCAGAAAUAACUCCAUUGCCCGAACUUGCACCCGGAGAAAUUCUUGUCAAAGUUCGCUUAGCAUCGAUUUGCAUGAGUGAUGUACAUACAGUGAAAGGUCAACGAAUAGAACCAACACCGAGUGUUCUUGGCCAUGAAGCCGUUGUUGAAGUUAUUGCUCAUCGUCGACCUGAAAGUGAUUUAAUCAAGGGCGACCGUUUAACAUUUUCAAUUGCUGAUUCUUGUAAUAAAUGUGAAUUUUGUUUAAAGGGACUACAGCAAAAAUGUACUAAAUUAUUUAAAUACGGUCAUGCUAAAUUAAGUGAUGGCUCAGGUUUUAAUGGUUGCUAUGCUUCACAUAUUAUAAUUCGACAUGGUACUCAUGUUGUCAAAAUACCUGGCACCAUAUCCGAUCGAUGUGCUGCACCAAUUAAUUGUUCAUUAGGAACAACUAUGUGUGCUAUGGAAUUUGUACCAAAAAUUAAAAAUGGACGAGCUUUUGUUCAAGGUGAUGGAAUUCUUGGCUUAUAUACUUCAGCAGCUCUUCUUGAACUAGGCUAUGAUACAGUCUAUUGUUCAGGUACUCAUACUCAACGGUCAGAAUUUAUAGCUCGUUUUGGUGCAAUUCCACUUUACAAUGAUGAAAUAAUAGCCGAAGAAACAAAUAAAAUUGAUGUUGUUGUUGAAGCUUGCGGAGUAUCAGCUGUUAUUAAUGAUGGUCUUAAAUUAUUGAAACCAGGUGGAUUAUAUCUUUUUCUUGGUAUGGUUCAUCCACAUUCUCAACUAAAUAUAACUGGUGAACAGAUUAUUCGUAAAUGUCUCACGAUCAAAGGUGUUCAUAAUUAUGCGCCACGUCAUCUUGAUCAAGCUGUUGAUUUUCUUUUAAAAACAAUUGAUAAAUAUCCAUACGAAGAAGUCAUGGGUCCUACAUAUAACUUGUCAGAUUUACCAAUUGCUAUGAAAGUUUCAAUGGAAAAAAUUUAUGCUAGAGUUCUAGUGAAACCAAACAUGACAUAA